GUCAUUAACUCCCCUUUCACCAAAAUACUACAUAUUAAUGACCCACCAUCUCCUCCCUUCUGCCUUUCUCUCUGCUCCUGUUGGAUCUAAAGAUUUAGUCAUUCAGGGGCUGGCGGGCCCCCACUUUUCGUCCAGCUAGCCUGAAGACCUCGAUAUGGCUAGUUUUUUGGGUAGCCUCAAAUUCUGCCUUCUCCUCCAAACCAUCUCUUUCUCUGUGACACAAUUCCAAGGUCCUCCAGGAGAACCUGGACCACGAGGGCCCCCGGGUCCGCCAGGAGUGCCAGGCGCUGACGGCAUUGAUGGCGAUAAAGGCCCACCAGGAGCAGCAGGGAGCCCUGGGGCCAAGGGAGAACCCGGCCUUCCAGGUCCAGAUGGCCCUCCGGGGAAACCUGGGAUUGAUGGCCUAACGGGAGCAAAAGGGGAACCAGGACCUUUUGGGCGACCUGGCCCCAAAGGCCAGACUGGACUUCCAGGACCUCCAGGGCUUCCGGGGCCUGGGCUGAAAGGAUCUCCUGGCUCCCCAGGCCAGGUUGGACUCCCUGGAGAAAUUGGAGCUCUGGGACCCAAGGGGGUACGUGGACCAGAAGGGCCACAAGGGCCUCCAGGGCCUCCUGGGAAACCUGGCCCCGUUGGGCGCAUCCAAGGAGUUGAAGGCAGUGCAGAUUUCUUGUGUCCAACCAACUGCCCAGCUGGACCCAAAGGCCCUCAGGGAUUACAGGGCUUGAAGGGACACAAAGGCCGUCCUGGAGCUCUGGGAGAGCCUGGCAGACAGGGCAGACCAGGUCCGAAGGGUGAUGUGGGCCUCUCUGGAGAACAAGGCAUUCCUGGCCCUCCCGGCCCACAAGGUCUCAGAGGAUAUCCUGGAAUGGCAGGCCCCAAAGGAGAGAUUGGCCCUCAAGGUUAUAAAGGCAUGAUUGGAACCAUUGGGGCUGCAGGGCCACCGGGUGAAGAAGGACCCAGGGGGCCACCAGGACAGGCUGGCGAGAAGGGAGACCUUGGUGCUCGUGGUUUCAGGGGCCCUCAAGGAGGAAUGGGGCCAAAAGGGGGACAGGGUCUUCCUGGGAUUGAUGGCAAAGAUGGCACCCCUGGUAUUCCUGGGGUGAAGGGAAGUGCAGGGCAACCAGGUCUUCCAGGGCCUCCAGGCCACCGAGGCUUAGCUGGCUUGCCAGGCACACCUGGAACCAAAGGUGGCCCAGGACAGAAGGGUGAACCAGGGGGUCGUGGCCUGGCAGGCUCAUCAGGGGCACCUGGGAAAAUUGGUGAGCCAGGACCUCAAGGAGAAGCAGGGCCCCAAGGGAUCGCUGGUGUGAAAGGAGAUCGGGGUGAGAGAGGCCCAGUGGGUCCUCCAGGUGUGCAGGGGAAAGUGGGUCCCAAAGGAGAGCAGGGACCCCCAGGAAUUCCAGGCCCACAAGGUCUCCCAGGAGUUAAAGGUGGCAAGGGCUUUCCAGGAAAAAUUGGGCCCAAAGGUGACAUUGGAGAUCCUGGCGUUGAAGGCCUUCCAGGGGAGAAGGGGGAAAAGGGUGAAUCGGGUGAGCCAGGACCAAAGGGACAGCAAGGUGUCCGUGGGGAGCCUGGUUUUCCUGGACCUACUGGGGAUGCAGGCGCACCAGGUAUCAGAGGCUUCCUAGGACCUCCGGGGCCCCGAGGGCUACCUGGGGAGCGCGGUGUACCUGGAAUGCCUGGGACUCAAGGUGCUCCGGGCAGGGACACAGGAGAUCAGCACAUUAUUGAUGUGGCCUUAAAAAUGUUACAAGAACAACUGGCUGAGUUAGCUGUGAGUGCUAAAAGAGAUGCCAUAGGUGGGGCAGGUGUGAUGGGACCACCUGGACCUCCAGGACCUCCUGGGUCACCUGGUCAGCAAGGGCCACAUGGACACCCUGGCCCUCGAGGCAUCCCAGGAAUCCUAGGAGCUGUAGGACAAAUUGGCAACACUGGACCUAAAGGAAAGAGGGGCGAGAAAGGGGAGCAGGGAGAGCCUGGCCGUGGACAUCAAGGGAUGCCAGGGCCACCAGGAAUACCAGGUCUUCCAGGACACCCUGGCCAAGCCACAAAUGGCAAAGAGGGAGAGCGAGGCACCCCGGGUGUUCCAGGAGAAGCCGGGCGGCCUGGUUUACCUGGCCCUCCUGGUUCUCCUGGGCUCUGUGAGGCAGCCGCUUGCCUAGGAGCCUCAGCCUAUGCUUCAGCCCGCCUGACUGAACCAGGUGCUGUCAAAGGACCUUCGUACUAAAUGUGGUCAGGGGAAAGUUCCGUUGCAUCGAGCUGGCAAAAGCUGCACCACUGGCAUUGCGGGACCAAACACACCAGGACUUGAGAGCAAAGAGACGGGGAACAGCCAAUCAAAAGCUGUUAUGGAGUGAGGAGGCUCUGUCUAUUGCUUGGGCAACAGUCCAUUGCUCUUGAGAAGACAAAACUUGGCCACUGUGAGUAGCCCGAAUCAAAGUGAGUUAAGAGGCACCCAUGGAGACUCGCAGAGAUGCAAAACUUGUCUUAAUAGCUUGGAUCGAAAUUGCACAUGAAACCUCACUAAAUGACUGUUCCUCUUUUAAAUACGUAGAGGUAAUUGCUGACCCCAUCUCACUGCCAUGAAAAUAAAUGUGUGUUUUGUCUAGAUAGAUGUUGUCAAUGGUUCCAAAGCAAGGGGGAGUGGAUUUUAUCCUUUAUCUUGACCCCAAAUCGUAUUAUAAUUUGUUGACUCUGCCUUCCCUAAUCCGGUUUCCUCAGAUGUUUUGGACUACAAUUCCCAUCAGCCCUAGACAUCAUGGCUGUCCUGGCUGGGGCUUAUGGAAGAUGUAGUCCAAAAAGGCAUCAUUUUGGGAGAAAGCUUCUGUAGAGUACACACAGUGACUUCUCUCUGUUGGUGUUUGUGUGGAAUAGUUCCACAUUGGGAAAAAUUUGGAAUUACCGCAUGAAUGAAUUUUCUUAAAAAGUAGCAUUUGAUUUUUCAAAAUGUAGUCUUUGAUCAUUCCUUACCCAUCCGAGUUUUUCUUCACCUCACUAUGUGUAAAUAGCACAGCAAAGCUUGCUAUCAGAAGAAUUUAAGAACAAGCUUAUCAAUUGAUCCCAUGAUAAUUCUUUAAUUAUUUCAUUGAUUCACUGGGCCCCCUUUACUCUUUCAGCCCCUUUCCUUCUAAAUCUCUAACUUGUUAACUUUUUGUCACAUUAUAUUGCAUUUGCAUGGAAGGAUUGAAGUCUCCAAAUUUGUCCUCAUUUUUACUUGCAUUAUUAUUGUACUUUUUAUGAGAUACAAUUUUUGGUUGAUUAUUUAUCAGAGUCACCCCGAAUCAUCUCUCCAAAGCUGUAAAUCUUUGUAAAAUAAUGUUAUUUUAUAAGUACUAAUUAAAAAUCAUUAUUUUUUUCCCUCUACAAAAAAUAGCUAGUCAAACAAGACAAUAAAAUGAAGAAUGAAUGCCAAUUAA